AUGUCCGAUAGUCUGGAUAUUGAAGAGAAACCUCCAGCACCACCAUUGAGAAUGAACAGCAACAAUCGUGAUUCUUCAGCACUAAAUCACAGCUCCAAACCGCUCCCCAUGGCCCCUGAGGAGAAGAACAAGAAGGCCAGGCUUCGCUCCAUCUUCCCAGGAGGAGGGGAUAAAACCAACAAGAAGAAGGAGAAAGAACGUCCAGAGAUCUCUCUUCCUUCAGACUUUGAACAUACCAUUCAUGUGGGAUUUGAUGCCGUCACUGGAGAGUUCACACCAGAUCUCUAUGGCUCACAGAUGUGCACAGGGAAGCUCCCAGAGGGCAUUCCAGAGCAAUGGGCCAGGCUACUACAGACCUCCAACAUAACAAAACUAGAGCAGAAGAAGAACCCACAAGCUGUUCUAGAUGUUCUCAAAUUUUAUGAUUCCAAAGAAACAGUUAACAACCAGAAAUAUAUGAGCUUUACGUCAGGAGAUAAAAGUGCCCAUGGAUACAUAGAAGCCCAUCCUUCGAGCACAAAAACAGCAUCAGAACCCCCACUAGCUCCCUCUGUUUCUGAAGAAGAGGAUGAAGAUGAAGAAGAUGAGGAAGAUGACAACGAACCGCCGCCUGUUAUUGCACCACGGCCCGAACACACAAAAUCAAUCUACACCCGCUCUGUAGUUGAACCUGCUGCUGCACCAGCACCAGCUAAAGAAGCCACCACUCCUCAGCCUGAAAACUCAAACACAAACACUUUGUACAGAAACACAGACAGGCAGCGAAAGAAGUCCAAGAUGACAGAUGAGGAGAUCCUGGAGAAACUGAGGAGUAUUGUGAGUGUGGGAGAUCCUAAGAAGAAAUACACCCGAUUUGAAAAAAUUGGUCAAGGGGCAUCAGGAACAGUUUAUACAGCAAUCGACAUCGCCACAGGACAAGAGGUGGCCAUAAAGCAAAUGAAUCUUCAACAACAGCCCAAAAAGGAACUAAUUAUUAAUGAAAUCCUGGUCAUGAGGGAAAAUAAGAACCCAAAUAUUGUGAACUAUUUAGACAGCUACCUAGUCGGUGAUGAACUCUGGGUCGUUAUGGAAUACUUGGCUGGAGGCUCUUUAACAGAUGUUGUUACUGAGACAUGUAUGGAUGAAGGACAGAUAGCAGCCGUCUGUAGGGAGUGCCUGCAAGCUCUGGAUUUCCUUCAUUCAAACCAAGUGAUUCACAGAGACAUCAAAAGUGACAAUAUCCUCCUUGGAAUGGAUGGAUCAGUCAAAUUGACUGAUUUUGGCUUCUGUGCUCAAAUCACCCCUGAACAGAGUAAACGGAGCACAAUGGUCGGGACUCCUUACUGGAUGGCACCAGAAGUGGUGACAAGGAAAGCAUACGGCCCCAAAGUGGACAUCUGGUCACUUGGGAUCAUGGCAAUAGAAAUGGUGGAAGGAGAACCUCCUUAUCUUAAUGAAAAUCCUCUCAGGGCACUGUAUCUGAUAGCUACAAAUGGGACACCAGAGCUUCAGAACCCUGAGCGACUUUCUGCUGUGUUUCGUGACUUUCUGAACUGCUGCCUGGAGAUGGAUGUGGACAGGCGAGGGUCUGCCAAGGAACUUCUGCAGCAUCCAUUUUUAAAAUUAGCCAAGCCACUCUCCAGCCUGACUCCUCUCAUCAUCGCGGCAAAGGAGGCAAUUAAGAACAGCAGCCGCUAGUGCUUGCGGCCAGCUUUCUCCUGUGGCAGCUCAGAGCAGGACUGAGAACAAAAACUUGAUAAAAACCUCAAGUCUUGUGCUGCAGGACAGAUGGAGGGAUGAACAAACCAGCGGUCACAGUCCUGGUGGUAGGAGGGAGAACAUAUCAGUCCCUC